GGAAAUCCCUAGUGAAAAUUUACAAGAUCCGGGGCAUACCCAUUGAAAAAGUAGCUAUCUUGAGGAAUCCUUGUGUUUAUGUCUUUACCUUUUUCCAAAACAUUUUCACCUUUUCUUGACAUACAUUUUGCAACCAGCACAAAUCGGUUUGUAUAACCAAUAUGAAUUCUUUAAUAGGACGUGGAGUUAAUUUUCAGGUUGAAGCAGCACAGAAGGGAGUGAAAAAAAGAAGCUUGACUGAGAGUGGAAUGAAUGAGCAUGAAAAUUGUGUAGGCCUUGAUUUAGAGUUGAAGCUAUCACUAGCGGGAUCAAGUUCGGGUAAUUUAUCAAAUGCCUUAAAAUCUACAACUUCAAGGACUCUGCUGCCAUCAUCAUCAUCAUCCCAUAAAGUGUACUUACCUUCCUUAUUGGGAAUCAAUGGGAACCAUGAGCCAACACCAUUAAUUGCAACGGGAUGUCCUCAUUGUUUAUACUAUGUGAUGAUAUCCGAAGCUGACCCUAAAUGUCCGAACUGCAAAAGUUAUAAUCUGAUUGAUAUGUUUCAAGAGAAUCCUACAAAGAAAAUGAGGACAUGCUAAAAUUAAUUUGUACUUUUUUAUGAUUAGAAGUUAAUAUCUUUUAAUUCUUAGUAGUAGUUGUCUAUCAAUUAUUUUGAUAGUAGUUUCAAUUGCAUCCCAUUAUCUAUA